AUGAGGUUGUCCAUUGGAGUGCUGGCUUCAUUGCCAGCACUGGUAGCUUCGCUGGCCUCCACCGAUUCAUACCGUGAUGCUGAUUUGCCCCAAUCGGGCUAUCUCCCUAACCACAACCUUGACCCAAACAUUGCCGGUUCUUCAAGCUUCAGAAACUUAUGGACUUUCACUUCUCCCGACAGCAAGGAGUUCUGGUUGGCCAAGCCAUUGGUCUACACACCCGAGGGGGGCACCGAGCUCGUCAUUACCGCCUCCGAGAUGAACAUCAUUCGUAUCUUCGAUAGUAAGACCGGAAACAUCCUGAAGCAGAGAACUCUCCAGGCCCCGUUCUCCGCUGCUGACAGCAACUGCGGCGACAUCCCGAACUGGGUCGGCAUCACCGGUACCCCUAUCAUCGAUCCCGCGACAAGCAUCAUGUACGUCUUCUCCAAGGGCUACCGAGACGGGACCACUUCCGGCACAGCCAACGGUGUCUACAAGAUGUACGCCAUUCGUAUUCCCUCGCUCGAAGAUGUCGACAAAUUCCCCGUCCUGAUUGACGGUAUAAAUGCCGAUAACGACCCAGCCAAGUACUUCGUCGGUGGCGUGGCCCUGCAGCGACCCUCUCUAGCCGAGCUCAACGGCCACAUCGUCGCCGCAUUCGGCUCUCACUGUGGUCGCUGGAACUACACUGGUUAUCUCGUGUCCGUCAGUAAGACACCUGGCGUGGGCCCAGUGAGCAUGUGGGCCACGGAAGCUGCUCCUGGAGCUCCAAAGCCGCAGCCACUUGAUCUCGAAACCGAAACGGGAGGCAAAGCAGGUAUAUGGCAGAGUGGCAUGGGUUUGCCCGUCAUCGGCAAUAAUGUCUAUUUCGUGGCAGGCAACGGUCAGGGGCACGCCAACGGAAACGUUCCUGCCAGUGGCAGAAUCUACAUGUCCACCCUCGACGAGUGCACCGUAAAGAUGGAGGUAGCGUCGACCGGAAAACUGAGUCUCAUCGACUACUUUCAGCCAUAUGACUACAUUGGUUUGGAUGCUGGUGACCGCGAUGUCGGUUCUUCGGGACUUGCCGUCCUGGAUCCAACCGUUUUCAAGGGCACCGGCGUCAACCGAAUGUGCGUUACGGCUGGGAAGAAGGGCAGAGCCUACAUCAUGAACGCCGACAACCUCGGCGGUUUCAGACAGGCGGCUGACGGCGGCGAUGGCAUUAUCCAGACAAUUGAGCUUGGCUUUUCAUUGUACGGCGGAUUCGGCAGCUACCCUGGCGAGGGCGGUUACAUCUACGCGACCACUGUUGGUGGCCCGCUUGUUGCGUACAAGCUUGGUUUCGACGCGAAGGGUGCGCCUCAAUUCACUCUUGCCGGCAAAUCAGCCUCCUUCGUCGGAGCUGGUCGCGUUGGUGUCGGACAAAUGACCAUUACAUCAGACAACGGCAAGCCUGGCACUGGCAUUGUCUGGGUUGCGGAUGUCAACGUCGGUCUCCAAGCUUUCCGUGCCGUUCCCCAGGACGGCGUCAUGGUUCCCAUCACUUUGCCCUCCACUCAAGGUAGCAACAAGUUCCAACGUCCGGUCUUUGGUGAUGGCCGUGUGUUCAUGAACGUCAACAACAAUAGGCUUGUGGCGCUGGGAUCUCCCGUCAACCCUGCUGUCAACUGCACCAGCCCAGUGGACUUUGGGUCUCUCGAAGCUGGUUCCACCGCCAGCGUGACUGUCAACUGCAAAGCCAACGUCGCUCUUACCAAGGUCAAUGGUUGCACCGCUGCGGACCCGACUUUUACUUGCUCCAACUCAACUCUACCCCAGGGUGCAGUCGCUGCAGGAGCAUCUUUCUCCUUGAACGUCACUUGGGACCUCUCCAACCCGGCCGUUCCGAUUGUGCCUGGAGUGCUUUCUAGCGCCGUCACGCUCUCCAUCAGCCCUCCUGCCGAGUACGCUACUAGUGUGCUGGUAUCUGUCCAAGGCACUGUCGUCAAGCAGGGCGCCUUUCUGAGCGCCACGCCAUCGGAUAUCGCUUUCGGUAGAUUGGUUCUCCGUGACGCCCCAGAAGGCCUCACGGGGUCUGCUCUCAUUCAAAAUGUUGGCAACGGCACCUUGACGUUCACCGGCUUCGCCUGGCAGACGAACACUAGCGACUACGCCAACUUUACGAGUGAUGGCGGGCUUGGCUCUGGUUUCUCAUCUACAAACUUCCCGACCGUUGGUUCCACUCUUGAGUCCGGAAAGAGUUUGACUGUCGCCUUGCGCUUCUUGAAGGAGACACCUGGAUCAUACUUGUCAAAAAUCACCAUCUGGUCCAACGGAGGAACUGCUGUGCUCACUUUAAGUGCUUCCGUCAACGACCCGCCUGCAGUUUCGUUCGAGGUUUCCAAUGGCUCCGGUGGCUGGACUGUGCUGUCAAACUACACUGUUUCAUACGGCAACGUGGUUGCAGGAGGCCUUGUCGACAAGCAAAUCAGGGUCUGCAACAAGGGCGAUGCCCCUCUGACGAUCACCAUUUCCAAGCCUCCCGCCACCUCGCAGCUCUUCGCCCUGAACCCUAACAAUGAGCUCACUGAGGGAACGCAAGUUGUCGGCGGUAGCUGCUCCAUUGGAAGCGUUGGUAUUCAUGCCGCACCUGUUCAGCCGAACCAUCCUGCCCAGGCUUUACGUGCCACGUGGACUCUCAGCACCGACGGUCUUAAUUCAACCACCGGCGAGGUUUCGGGCCGCCACGACAUUGUGUUCGAGGGUACCGUUGUCAGCAAGCAAGUCGGGCCUCUUCUUACCAACGGCACUGCCAAAUACCAAUAUGUCGGAUGCUUCAAGGAUACCACCAAUUUAGGCCGCAAUCUUCAGAACUCUGUCAACACUGCUGCUCAACAAAAGACGAAUACGCUGCAGCAGUGCCAGGGAAUCUGCAACGACAGAGGAUUUGCCCUAUCUGGUGUCCAGUACCACCAAGAAUGUUGGUGCGGUUCCAGCAUUAAGAAUCCCUCUACGUACGAGGACGAGUCCCUCAAUCUGUGCACUUUCGAUUGCACUGGAGAUGACACUCAAGCAUGUGGUGGCGACAACGGGCACAUGAGCUUGUACGCCGAUAUCACAUCAUUCGACAUUGCUGGUUUCUACCAGUCCCUCAAGAACCCCAGCUCUAGCUCAUCUCUGCCAGCAUCAACGAGAUCCUCCACCAGAGCAUCGUCCGCUAGCAGCGUCCCUCCCGCCUCCUCUGUGGCAUCCUCCUCGGCUGUCACUAGCUCUGCAGCCGCCGCGAGCAGCGGUGGUUCCGGCACAACUGCGACUUCGUCGUCAUUGGUGUCCAGUGCUUCAUCUGGUGCCUCAAGCUCAAGCAGCACGGCUUUCGUCUCGACAAUCACCCCCACUUCCACGACUUCGAGCAGUGCGACUCCAUCUGCAACAUUUGUCGCGUCACCCCUCAACCCUCAGAUGCCUGCUAUCAUCGGCGGACAAUGGCAAUACGCUGGGUGCUUCAAAGACCUUGUUAACGGCGAGAGACUCUUCCAAGGGGCGUCUUCUGCCUCAGACGACAUGAGCUUAGCCAAGUGCGCUGCAUUCUGCAGUACUGGUGCGCCAGGUGGUGGAGCCUUCAACUACUUUGGUGUCGAGUACGGCCGCGAAUGUUACUGCGGCUGGGAUGCGCAAGCUGCCAAGAUGUCAACUUCAGAAGCCGAAUGUUCUUCACCUUGUGCGGGUUCCACCCUCGGUCUGUGUGGUGCCGGCUUCCGCCUUUCGGUUUACAACAACACAAUCCCCAACCAAGCACCGUCCCAACCCCAGCACGCUGCACGAGCAGGCGACUACGAGUUCCUGGGAUGCCAGACCGAAGGCGUCAACGGACGCGCUUUGUCAGGGGCUUCCUUCGGCUCGGCAGAUAUGACAACUAAGGCUUGCGCCGCCUUCUGCGCGAAGGGCAACUUCCAGUACAUGGGGGUUGAAUACGCUCAAGAGUGCUGGUGCGGAAGUGCAACCAACGCAGGGUCGGUCCCGGCUCCGCUGAAGGAGUGCGAUAUGCUCUGUCGCGGCAACCAGUCUGAGUAUUGCGGAGGAACCAGCCGCCUUGAUCUUUUCAAGCUUUCUGCUGCUGGUGAACAGUCAACGUCGUCAUCCAGUGCCUCGACAAUUCAAUCAUCCUCAGUCGGUUCCAGCUCUGCCUCUGUUGGCGCCAGCUCAAGUGUCGCCUCUUCGAGCUCCGCAGUUCUCAGCUCCCGAUCGUCCACCGCGAGUCCCAGCCCGUCAUCAAGCAGCUCGGCGAUCUCAUCAUCGUCUGUAGCGCCAUCCAGCUCCCUCGUGCCAUCUGUGCCGGCAUCAACAACCACAAGUAGUUCCCCUUCGUCAAGUGGUAGCUCGUCGUCCUCGACCUCAGCCACGGCAACCGACGGGUACUACUAUGUUGGUUGCUACAGGGACCGGCCUACCGGACACGCACUUCCUCUCCUGUUUGCCAACCAGAGCGUCACGCCUGAGCUUUGCAUUGCCCACGCCAACUCGGUGUAUAGCAAGGCCCCAACACCGACAACCAAGCUGCCGUACCUAUUCUUGGAGUACCACCACGAGUGCUACGGCGGCUCGAGUCUCGACUUCCAGGGCGGCGUUGUCACCUCCCUUGUCGGGACCAAGGCCUGCAAGAACUACUGCUAUGGCAGUGUUAGCACCUUCACCACCGACGGCACCGUCACAACCACAACAAACACGGCCAACUACUGCGGCGGGGCCAAGAUCCCCUCAGCUUCCUCCUUCACUUGCGAUCUCCCACCCCCGAUCUCCCCCACCGACGGCCUUCCUUCCGCAAAGGAGCUCUUCACCUCCGAAGCCGCCAUCCUCAAGCAAGUCUCCCGCCAUGCAGCCCUCGUCCGCGUACCCUCAAUCUGCUACGACGAUCUCGGUGACUUUGACACCGAUCCGCGCUGGAAAGUGUUCUACGAACUCCACAAUGUCAUGCGCAAGACCUACCCGGCGGUCCACGCGCGCUCCGAACUCGUCAAAGUAAACACUUUCGGUCUCGUCUACACCAUCCCUGGCUCCUCUCCUGGCCUUAAGCCUCUCCUCCUCGCCGCCCACCAGGACGUCGUCCCCGUCGCCGACGCCUCGACAUGGACCUAUCCCCCGUUCGCCGCACACUUUGACGGGGAGUGGAUGUGGGGUCGCGGCGUCUCAGACGACAAGAACUCCUUCACGGCCCUCCUCUCGGCGCUCGAAACCCUCCUUGCGAACCCGGACUGGGUCCCCAAGCGCACAAUCAUCCUCGCCUCGGGCUUCGACGAGGAGUGCUCCGGCCAGCGCGGCGCGGGCCACAUCGCCAAGCACCUCGAGCAGAAAUGGGGCAACAACAGCAUGGCGCUAAUCCUCGACGAGGGCGGCAUGGGCCUGCAGCAGCUCGACUCCAAGACGCUCUACGCCCUGCCCGCCGUCAUGGAAAAGGGCCACGUCGACAUCUGGCUCGAGCUGCACGUCACGGGCGGCCACUCCUCUGUUCCCUUCCCCCACACGGGCAUCGGCAUCGUGUCGGAGAUGGUCGUCGCGCUCGAGGCGCACCCCUACUCGCCCGAGCUGACGACGAAGUCGCCGCUGUACGAGCACAUGGUCUGCCAGGCGCGGUACUCCCCCGACGCGCAGCCCGAGAUCACGAAGCUUCUGCAAGAGGGCGAUCUGCAGGCGCUCGCGGAGACGUUGGUCGAGAUUGACCGCCCGACGCACUACCGCCUGCAGACCUCGCAGAGCGUGGACUAUUUCCAGGCCGGGCAGAAGAUCAACGCCAUGCCGGAGGUCGUCAAGGUCGGCGUGAACUACCGCGUGGCGCCGCAGAACAGCAUCCCCGAGAUCCAGCACAAUGUUGUCUCGUACAUUUCUGGCAUUGCGGAGAAGUACGGCGUCAAGGUUGUGGCGUUCGAGGGCGACGAGGGGUACGAGAAGUACGCUGCUGCACAGAAGAGAGAUCUGGCGGGCUCUGUUGGUCUCGAGAAUGGUGGUGUGGAGGUUAAGUACGAGGUGGACUACAACGGCACUUUGGUCCUGAGCUCCUCGCAGAAGACGCUCGUGGCGCCGGUGUCGCCGACCAAGGGCCCGAUUUGGGACUUGUUCUCGGGAACGCUGCAGAGCUCGUUUGCGUUUGAUGGGGGCAAGGUUGUGCCUGUUGGGGAGUUGAUGACUGGUAACACUGAUACGAGACAUUAUCUGAACCUCACCCCUAACGUGUACCGCUUCGUGCCCAUCCGUAACGGGGCCACGGUGAACGCGCAUACGAUUGAUGAGAGGAUCCAGAUUUCUGCGCAUAUGGAGAUUUUGAGGUUUUAUUACGAUUUGAUUCGCAACUUUGAUGCUGCGGAAGUUUAA